AGAUAUUUAUUACUCUAUGAUUAAACGAGUUAGGUUAGAAAAAACAACAGAUAUACAUUUACAAUUAUUUGGAUAUUUAUCAAUAAAUAGAAGAAUUUCCAAGUGAGAAAUAUAAAAUGGAACAGUUUUUCACGAUACCUUUCACAGUUUUAGAAGUACCCAACAUUAAAAUCAAAAAACCCUCUUGGUUACAUCAACCUUCCUCCUCAACUGUUUUUGCACUAGUAUUAUUCUCUUAUUUCUUGGUAACUGGAGGUAUAAUUUAUGAUGUUAUAGUGGAACCUCCAAGUGUUGGAUCCACAACAGACGAGCAUGGUCACUCUCGACCUGUAGCCUUUAUGCCCUACAGAGUAAAUGGGCAGUAUAUUAUGGAAGGAUUAGCUUCUAGUUUUCUUUUUUCUAUGGGUGGUCUAGGUUUCAUAAUUUUAGAUCAUAUUCACUCUCCUUUAACACCCAAAUUAAAUAGAUUAUUGAUAACUGCUGUUGGAUUCAUAUGUGUAUUGAUUUCUUUCUUCACUACAUGGAUUUUCAUGAGAAUGAAAUUACCAGGAUAUCUCAGUUCUUAAGUUGAACUCACAACUCAUUUUAAUAUCAUUUUUUCAAAUUGAACAAUUUGUACUAUUCAUUAUAUAUUAUCUGUAAGAAAUUUUGUAUCUAAAACCAUAUCAAUUAUA